ACGUCGAAGUCCAAGACUUAGUAUCAAUCAAUUGAAGAAAAGGCAUGCUUCUAUAGACCUUGGUGAGAAAGAUAAUUCUCCAAUACUGGACAAUAUGCGUAGGGUUCCAGGGGCUGAACCUAACACUAAUGUUCCGGUUUCACAAAAUGUUGAUGAUCGUGUCACCCCUCUAAAGAGAUUGAUCGAGAAUGAGAGAGCUGUGAUGAAGAAAAUUAGUGAGCGGCAUGGAGCAUCACAGGAAAAAAUUGAGUGUGCGGGGCUAAACACAACACCUCAACAAAAAACAAAAUCAAAUGAGGGGCAACGAAAGAAGGCCAGAACAGAAAAGGUUAGUGAAGAAGAUCAGGGUGUUGAAGGUAACGAAGGACCUAGGGGGGGGAAUUUUUCAAAGGGUAACAAGUCAAAAAAAGAAGGUGAGAGGAACAAUACGAGGGAUGUUGUCAGGAGCACAGUUAAGGGUAAAAAGGUCAGAUCAUACGAGGGAUAUUUAGAGAAAAAGUUUACGCCAGCGAUUAUGAACGCUGUGCUAUUAAACUUAUCAGCAGCGCAGAAAAAAUGGGUUAAGGCAACAGGUUUCGGAUGGAUGUUAGAAUUUCAGAUGCUCUGUUAUGUGCACAGACUUAGUUAUAAUAUAGUGGAUGCAUUUGAUAGCCAGGACUGCUCACUUAACCUAUCAGCCGGGAGAGUUAAGAUUAAUGAGAUGGUCGUUCAUAAUGUUCUAGGCCUACCGAAUGGAUCUGAGGAGAUCCAAUUAAUUGGAGCAGAACGUAUUGAUGAUAGUUGGGAUGAUCAAUAUGAAAGCACACAAAUAACACCCUCCAUGGUGAAACGCGAGAUCCUACGCAGUCGACGGGCUGACAACAAUUUCAAAUGGAAUUUUUUGAUUUUGAUGUACAAUUUCUUCUUCGAGGCAAACCAGAACAGUAAUCUGACACGUAAAAUCCUUCGAUUCAGCGGGGAUAUUGAUCGAUGCAAGGACUAUAAUUGGUGUCAAUUAUUAAUUGCAAAAUUGAGGACAACACAUGCAUAUUGGGCAGAGCUGAAAAAGAGGAAAUUCAGUGGGCCACUUCCUUUUCUUAUUUAUUUGUAUGUGAGUGCGGUGAAGAACGAGGGAACGACGUACGCACAUCUCACAUUUCCCACCUUCAAGGCGUGGUCAGACCUGCUACUACGUGAAAGACAAGCUCACGAGGCGAAAACAAACAGCUUUGGAAAGGGUGUCAUCAUCGAUAUUUCGGGAACUAUUGAGGAAGCGGAGGACGUGCCAUCACAAGCUAAGACCCGACAAGAAAAUGAGGUCACUACGAAACAGACUAGUACAUACGGGUCUACGCAGAACAUCGCUGAAAGUAAUAUGGAGACUCUUGCCCCAUUGGAUGACGAGAUAAUUGAGGACUCCGUUGAUUACGAGUAUGGGGUAACAGCAGAAAUACAAGAGACCGCACAAGGUGGUCAGGAUAUGGGAGAGCAUGAAAAGGCUGAAUUAGGAUUAAUGCAUGACAACAAUAGGGAUAGCACGAUGGGUGUGUUGAAUGAAGAGGAAAUAGAAGCAACAGUGAUGGACAAAAGCAUGUAUACUAUGACAUAUGAGAAUAAUAAGGAAGGACAGGAGCAGAGCACACAGAAACGUGUGGACGAUGAGAUAGACAAGCAUUUUGCAGAGGAGCCAUAUAUGGAUGGAUUUGAGAAGAACAUGGAGGAAUUUGAUGUGAUAUUCAAAAAGUGUAUGACCAAUUUUAUUGAUGCAUUUGCUCUAUAUCCAAACAAUGGGAAAUUGGAGGAGUUGAAGCGAAAAUAUGCGUUGUAUUUCAAGAUAUUUGAAGAUUCAAGUCCAAUUACAAAGAGUUUGUAUUCUGCACAAUGCUCCGGGAAAAAAACCAAAACACGUCUUGAGGACGAAGAUGAGCGCUGCAUCCCCAGCUACUCCCUAGGUCUGACUCAAAUGGAGCCUCAAAAUUUAGGUUCUGAACUUGAUGUGAGGAUGAAUAAAAAGGUUGACAAGAAAGGUGAAGACAAAGGGAAGACAACCAAAGCCGAUAGGGCAGAGCUUGAUAAUGCAAGACCCAAGCGUGGAAAAUUUCCAAGUGCCAUUUGUAGAUCUCCAUAUGUGAGCAGAAUAGUGGAUAUCAGUGGCUACAACAUAACAGUGGAAGCAAGAAACAUUUGGGAUUGGCUCUUUUCGAACAAACGUGACAAAGGUGACUAUUUGUUCCAGUGGAAAGGCAGGGGUUGCACAAAAGCUCAUAUGCGUUCGCUAGGGGAGAACAAGAUGGUGGAAACAAUAGUGAUUGAUAGCUGGACUUGCAUAUUAAAUGAAAACGAGAUCCUCAGAGCAGACACAUCACCUUUGAGACUUUUCUUGACCACCGAGACUACAUACGGUCCUAUGCAAAUGGAAAUAGGAGAAAAUGAUUCGAAUGCUAAACUUAACCGUCAAAUGGCUUUCGACGAUAAUAUGGAGGUUGUAUGGCAGAUGGUUAAUGAAAUCCAUAACAAGCAGUACGAUAUCACAGAUUUUGAGUUGUUGUUGUUCCCGGUGUAUAAUGCUGCACAUCAUUACAUUAUAUGCUACAACAUACAUACACCUCGUUGGGAAGUGUUGGAUAACAGAGUCCAAACUUUGAGUUUCAGUGAUACUUAUGGUGAUUUGCCAUGGCGUCUGCAUGAAUGUUUUUGCCAUUUCCUCGAGUGCUACAAUAUUCCAAAGUAUUCACAAUUGGUUAGGUUACAGCCAGAAGUUGUGUCUAUGGAAUGGCAGAGCAUGGACAACAAUAUUGAUUGCGGCGUUUUCGUGAUGAGACAUUUAGAAACUUAUAUGGGUAACAUAUUCAAGUGGAAGUCCGGAUUGCGUCGUGAGCGGGAGAAUCAGAAGCUGUUGUUGAACAAGCUUCGAGUGAUAUAUUGUCAUCAGCUAUUGUCGUGGGUGGAGAAUGAAAAAAGGAAGAAUGUUGUGGAGAGCGUGGCAACUUACAUGCGAGGGAAAUUAAUGCAAAAGUGAUUUUGUAAUAGGAAUUUAGCAGACUUAAGUUGCGUAUUUUAUGUUUGAAUUAAUUGAAUUUGUUAGUGUGUUGGUUGGUGAAACGAUUCGUAUUUGAUCUUAAUCUAUUAGAACUAUGUAUGUUCAGAACAUAUAUUUUGCUAGCUAUGAAUUCUAAACUG